AUGCUGGACGAAACACUCGGGGACUUUUGCGCUGAUACCGAAGACGGUAAAGUGACAAUCCUUUCCCGUUUCUAUCCUACUAAUAGUGAUGAAUCAGAUAACGGCGGAAGCCCAAGCGGCAAAUCCAGUGGGGUGCCCACUGCAGAGCCGCAAUGUGAGCAUACAUCGAUUUGACUUUUGGACGGGUGCCCGCUGAUCGGCAGAUUAGAUGAGAGCAAGUUCGUGGCGGAAGUCACGGUGGCGCCGGAAGGGGACUUGGUGCUCGAGGUCCCUUCCAAGAAUGGACUUGCAAGACUCAAAGUCUCCUCGCAGGUGAUGUGUCUGGUGUCACCGGUAUUUCGCGCUAUGUUAGGUCCUUCGUCCAUGUUCAAGGAAGCUUGCGAGCUGCGCGCUUCAACAUCAGGCUAUACACUGCAGCUCGAAGGUGAUGAUCCGGAAGCAUUCGUGGCGAUAUUGCACGUUCUGCAUUGCCAGACGGACAAAGUCCCCUCCGCCGUUUCGUUCGAGGAUCUAUUCCACAUGGCGAUCGUUUGCGACAAGUACGAUUGCGCGCUGGCGGUGGCCGCCUGGGUUGACAUUUGGGCUGAGGGGUGGAGGGAUCUCGCUUUCGACGCAGCUUAUUCUGAGUGGAUGUUUAUUUCAUGGGCCUUUUUAUUACCCUCGAUAUUCGAACCCUUGAGCCGGAGGAUAGUUAUGGAAGGGCGAUAUGAUGAUGAGUUGGGUCAGCUCCUCUGGGGUGAGAGGAGCUUGGAUGAGAUUAUGGUCCCCGAUCCAGUCGUCUGUAGGACCCCUCUCCGCUCUGAGAUGCCGGGCUGUGAACUGAAUGAAUGAUAGCCGCGAUACUCCAAGUACGCUCUGACGCUAUAAAGGCUAUCCUUGAUGACACUGAAUCCUACCUAGAUCUCUACUCAAACCCAGAAAGAACAAUGUGCUUGUAUCAAAUUCCCGAAUGCGACGUCAUGAUUCUCGGCAGCUUCGUCCGGGAAUUCCGAAAACGCGGGAUACACAAGCGCGAAAAGUUUUUACUCAUGAGUUUGAACGAGGUAGUAGCAAGUAUUAAGGAGAUAAGUAUCUACUUUUAUUCCGAGACUUUCUUUCAUGGGGAUACCUGUAGCUUUUUGCCGGCGCUUUUUGCAAAGGUUGAUAAGAUUUGCGAGGGUAUUGAAGGCCUGAAGCUCGAGAGGUUUAGCAAAGGCGUUGUGUGGCGCAGGUAUAAAAGCGUAUUUGAGGGAAAAUUGGAGUCUUUGGAAUAUAAACCUGUGCAGCCUGGAGCGGUGCGGGGAAUGUCUACCGAAAAUAGGGAGCAUAUAUAGAUCUCGGUUUCACAGAUCGUCAUCCGGCCUUUGUGGAGGAGUUUUUUUAUUUUUAUUUUAGUUUUUUUAUGAAACGUUUAGCGGGCGUUUGGCGCACCAUGAUCC